AUGGCGGAGGCGAGCCGCAGCCACCCGUCGCAGUACGUGAGGCUGAAGAAGCACGCUUCCCACUCCGGCUCCGGCGUCGAGGACAUCCGCCCCGGCGAGCUCAACCAGCCCAUCGCCGUCCCGCAGUUGCUUGUUCGGGGCAUCGGGAUGGCCCGAUCUGAUAUCGGGUGCCGUGCGGUGACUGUACAGCUGGAGCACAGGAAAUGCAGCGAGUGCGGGCAGGUGCUGCCGGAGAGCCACCGGGCGCCGGCCGACGAGCCGUGGACCACCGGCAUCUUCGGGUGCGCCGAAGACACCGAGAGCUGCUGGACUGGACUAUUCUGCCCCUGUGUGCUGUUUGGACGAAAUGUUCAGGCCCUUAGAGAAGAUAUCCCGUGGACAACACCUUGCACUUGCCAUGCUGUCUGUGUUGAAGGUGGCAUUGCACUGGCAAUCCUUACAGCUAUAUUCCAUGGCGUUGACCCAGGAGCGUCGGUCUUGAUUGGUGAAGGCCUGGUGUUUAGUUGGUGGUUAUGUUCUACAUAUACUGGUGUUUUUCGUCAACAGCUUCAGAAAAAGUAUCAUCUGGAGAAUGCUCCAUGCGAUCCUUGUCUGGUCCACUGCUGCUUUCACUGGUGCGCAAACUGUCAGGAGCAUCGGGAAAGGAAAGGUCGCCUCACAGACAACAGUGCCGUUCCGAUGACCAUUGUCAACCCACCGCCCGUGCAAGAGAUGAGCACGGUUGAGAACCAUGCUUCCACAUCUGGGAAUGAAGCGCCAAAGACUGAGCAUGAUGAUGUGGAGGACAUACCUCUCUAGGAGAGAUAGCAUAUGAACUGAAACUGACCUGGAGUCCGCUGGCAUUUUAGAGACCAUAUACUGCUAGAACACUGGGCUGUGUUCAUCUGUCAGGUACCGUAUGAAACAUUCGGCUGAUCCCGACUUUUAGUUUAUGAACAUUACUACCUGUGAUAUAGCGUUGCCCUUGGGUGUGUAGUUAGCAAAAUAUAUGUGCGGAUAUCUUUUACGUACCUGAGGGCUGCCCGAAAUGGAGGGCUUUUCUC